AUGAAGGAGCGGCAGUGCGAGUCCUGCAAUUCUGCCAUGCGCCUGGACUGUGGGCCCGGGCGUGUAAUCAAGAUUGCGGGCGCCUUCUAUGGUCGGCUUGACUCUGAACUCUGCCCUCACGCGACACCGGGUACGAUGGAUGUGACCACGUGCUACAUCAGCGGCUUGGGCAUCGUGGCUGAUGCCUGUGAUGGCAAGGGAACCUACAAGUACCUUGAGGUGGACUAUCUGUGUGUGCUGCCUGAGGAGGUGGACUUCGAAGCCAACUGCAACUGCCCAACACCGCCAUGA